CCCCAAUGCUUACCCCGUGGAUUUAUUUGAGCACAAUUGGGCCGUUGAUCGGCUUUUACGCCUCGGAAUUUCUCGGUAUUUCCAAACGGAGAUCAAAGAAUGUAUGGACUACGUCUACUGAUAUUGGACUGAGGAAGGAAUUUCUGCGGGGAGAAAUUCCAACGUUCACGACAUAGAUGAUACAGCCAUGGGUUUGAGGCUUUUACGAUUACACGGCCACCACGUUUCUGCUGAUGUGUUUCGACAUUUUGAGAAGGAUGGGGAAUUCUUCUGCUAUUCAGGGCAGUCAACUCAGCCAAUAACUGGAAUGUAUAACCUGAAUAGGGCUUGUCAACUUCUAUUUCCAGGAGAGAAAAUUCUCGAGGAUGCCAAAAGAUUCUCAUUCAAAUUCUUGAGAGAGAAACAAGCCAGCAACGAGCUCCUAGAUAAAUGGAUAAUAGCCAAGGACUUACCUGGUGAGGUGGGAUAUGCUCUUGACACGCCAUGGUAUGCCAGUCUGCCUCGGGUUGAGACAAGGUUCUACUUGGACCAAUAUGGUGGUGCAGAUGAUGUCUGGAUUGGCAAGACCUUGUACAGGAUGCAUACCAUUAACAACAACAAACUUCUCGAGCUUGCAAGAUUGGAUUAUAAAAACUGCCAAGCCCUGCAUCUGCUGGAAUGGGACACCAUUCAACGAUGGUACAUAGAAUGCCACCUUGGAGAGGUUGGAACGUGCAAAAAGAACUUACUUUUUGCAUAUUAUUUGGCCACAGCGAGUAUAUUUGAACCAGAAAAGUCAAAAAAGCGACUAGCAUGGACUAAAACGAAGAUCUUCAUGGAAGCAAUUGUAUCUUAUUUUGAAAAUGAGGGAAGCUCUGCUGAGCACAGGAGAGCAUUUCUUCGUGAAUUCAGAAAGAUUGGAAGUAAUGAAGACCGUGCGAAUAAUAUGUGGCACAAGGAAACAAUACUGGGACAAAGAUUUGUCCCGAUACUGCUAAGAACGAUAAAUCAACUCUUGGUUGAUGCACAACUAACCCACGGUGAAGACAUUCGCGACAACUUACAUCAGGCUUGGGAGAUGUGGAUACUGACAUGGCAAGAUGAAGGUGACAUGCGCAGAAGAGAAGCAGAACUAGUAGUGCGCACGAUAAACUUAUGCGCCGAUUGUAGAGCACCUGAGCAGCUAUCACAACUCUCCCACCCUCGGCACAAGCAUCUCUCCGACGUGACCAAUGAAGUCUGUUACAAACUCUUGCAAUUUCAGAACCAAAAACCAUCACGCAACAAGCAGAUUCAUGAUAACGACGAGUUCAAUACAACCCUCCAGAUCGAAUCAGACAUGCAAGAACUAGUGCAGUUGGUACUUUGUGCUUCCUCGGAUGACAUCGACCUUGAUAUCAAGCAAACCUUUCUUGCAGUAGCGAAGUCUUACUAUUACGCUGCCCAUUUUACUCCAGCAACUAUUGAUUUUCACGUUGCCAAAGUACUAUUUGAGUCAGUAAUUUGAUACUUGUACGAAAAAAUAAUAAGGCAACCGCUGCGUGGAUUAAGAACUGGGAGUUGCACAGGUAGUUAGAUAUAUAUAUGCUAGUAUUUUGUGCGUAUUGCAAUAAAGUAUG